AUGUUUGGCUAUGCCAGUGAUCACCAACCCUGCAUCAUAUUUAUGGUCGAGAUUGAUGCCAUUGGAGGAUGCCGUUUUAGAAAAUUGAUAAUGGUGACGAACAGGCCUGAUGUUCUGGACCCUGCACUUCUUCGUCUGGGUCGCUUAGAUAGGAAAAUUGAAAUUCCAUUGCCCAAUGUGCAGUCGAGAUUGGAGAUUCUAAAAAUCCACGCUGCUGGUACAGCUAAGCAUGGUGAAAUUGAUUACGAGGCUUUGAGAAUGUCUGAGAUUCGGGCGGAACGUGAUUAUGUCAUUCACGAAGACUUCAUGAAGGCCGUGAGUAAACGGAAUAAAGCCAAGAAGCUCAAAUCGAGUGCUCAUUACAGUGCUUGA